CGCUGGAGAGCCACAUCAGUGUGAACUCCUUCAAACUCACUUUACCACAAUAUGUUGUGAUCGCACUGGAUAAUCUUACGUUGUUCGUGAAGAAUUGAAUUGUUGGAUCCUUCCGCACCUAAAGUUGAAGAGUCACAAUAUUUAAUCAAGAGAUUUCCUCACUCCUGUCUUACUGGUACUCAGUGGUACUUGUUGUGAAGCUGAACACACUGGAAUCUGGAAUUUUUGGGGGAGCAACCUCUUUGACUUGGCUGUCAUGGCCUCAGGCUUCCAGUCAUGCAGAACUUAUCCCUCGUAAGCCUCACAUCUCUUGCACACACCUUUCCACGUGAACUGCAGGUCUGCACUAUGACCACGUCCUACAUGAAUGGCCAUGUGAGUGAGUCAGAGGACAGAGCAGCAGGCACCAUCGACGCCUCGGACUCAUCUGGACACUGGCACAGGGAGAUGGCUGUGGAUUGCCCAGGUGAACUGGGCGCUCGCACCUUGGCUGUACGGCGCAGCGCCCAGCUGGAACGCAUCCGCCAACAGCAGGAGGACCGCAGGAGAAGGGAAGAGGAGGGCCGUAACCGUCAAGAGCUUGAAGUCAAUUCCUCCAUGCGCCUGAAGAAGCUGGCGCAGAACCCUAAGGUGGGCAUUGACAACCCCACCUUUGAGCCCUUGGAAGGUCCCUGCAUGUUACUAGGGCAGCUGCAUGGCUUCAGUGGGGCGCCACGACUACUGGACCUGGAGGAGUUGCUGAUGUCUCUGAAGCAGGUACAGCACUGUCUGGGUGAUGUUCAGAGUCAGGAGGAUGUGGAGCUGGUGCUGCAGCUUGUACAGAAGCCUGACUUCCAGAAGGCUUUCAACAUCCACAAUGCUGUGGCACUACACAUGAACCGGCCAAGUCCUCCCUUUCCCCUCACAGAUCAUGCACAAAGCCUUGUGCAUGAGGUCCAGGCCAUGCUGCACAACAGCUCACAGAAAGAGAGUCUUGAUCUCAGCACUUUGCUCAAUAGCCCUCACAUGCUGGCACUUAUGCUGGCCCAUGACCGUGUGGCUGAGCAGGAGAUGCAGCCAGAGCCUAUGGGUCUUCUUGAUGGCCCAUGCGAGACCCUCACACAGUGGGGAGGUGAGACGGUCAAAAUUGUACGCAUAGAGAAGGCCAAGGACAUUCCAUUGGGAGCCACAGUGAGAAAUGACAUGGAUAGUGUGAUUAUUAGUCGGAUUGUGAAAGGAGGGGCAGCAGAGCGCAGCGGACUGCUCCAUGAAGGAGAUGAGAUUUUGGAGAUCAAUGGGGUCGAGAUUCGUGGCAAAGAUGUCAAUGAAGUGUUUGAUAUCCUGGCAGAGAUGCAUGGCACAUUGACCUUUAUUCUGAUUCCCAGCCCACAUACUAAGCCUCCUCCCAUUAAAGAGAAUGUGGUUCAUGUGAAAGCACAUUUUGACUAUGACCCUUCUGAUGACCCAUAUGUACCAUGCCGGGAGUUGGGUCUCUGCUUUCAGAAGGGGGACAUUUUACACAUUAUCAGCCAGGAUGACCCUAACUGGUGGCAGGCGUACAGAGAUGGCGAUGAGGAAAACCAACCUCUAGCUGGACUAGUGCCAGGUAAGAGCUUUCAGCAGCAAAGAGAAGCCAUGAAACAAACAAUAGAAGAAGAUAAGGAGCCUGAAAAAUCAGGGAAGCUGUGGUGUGCAAAAAAGAACAAGAAGAAGCGGAAGAAACUGCUGUAUAAUGCAAACAAGACAGAUGACUACGACAAUGAGGAGAUUCUUACCUAUGAGGAGAUGGCACUGUAUCACCAGCCAGCCAAUCGCAAACGCCCUAUUGCUCUGAUUGGUCCUCCAAACUGUGGGCAGAAUGAGCUGAGACAGAGACUGCUGUCUAGUGAGCCUGACCGGUUUGGAGGUGCUGUUCCUCACACAACACGGAACCGGAGGGAUGGUGAAGUGAACGGGCGUGACUACCACUUUGUGUCACGCCAGGCCUUUGAGAUGGAUACUGCAGCAGGGAAGUUCAUUGAGUCAGGAGAGUUUGAGAAGAACCUGUACGGCACCAGCACAGAUUCUGUGCGGCAGCUUAUCAAUAGCGGCAAGAUUUGCCUCCUAUGUCUGCACACUCAGUCUUUGAAGGUAUUACGCAGCUCGGACCUCAAGCCCUAUAUUAUCUUCAUUGCACCCCCCUCCCAGGAACGACUGCGCGCCCUCUUGGCAAAAGAUAACAAAAACCCUAAGCCUGAGGAGCUGAGGGACAUAAUUGAGAAAGCAAGGGAGAUGGAGCAGAACUUUGGCCACUUUUUUGAUGCUGCAAUUGUGAACACUGACCAAGACAAGGCUUAUCAGGAGCUUUUGCGCUUCAUCAACAAACUGGACACAGAGCCUCAGUGGGUUCCUUCAUCUUGGCUGCGCUGAGAUCACUUGUCAGACACGUGCACACAACCCAAGCUAACCAUGCUGUGCAUGAGCUUUGUGGAGUAUAGUGGAUUGCGUGACUGGAUAAUUGAUUGUCUGCUGUGUUAGCAUUCUGUGUAUCUACAUUUAACCACAUUCUGAACUCAAACAUGACUGUUUCAGCUCUGUUGACUCAUCAGACUUUAACAGCCCACGUUCUGAAGAAUGUAAGAAAUUUACCAGCCUACGGUAGUCACAGAGUCUUAGUGCUUCUAUACAGCAUAAUUAUAAAUAAUACUGAUUAUUUAUCAUUUGAAAAUUAUUUCUAAAAAGUGUCAAGGGGUGCAGUUUUAUUAUCGGAGCUGUUCUGUACUAUGGACUGGGGAUAGCAAUUAAAUAUUCUUGCAGACCAGGUCUGCUUCUGAUCUGCAUGCUGCUUUGUCAUUUGCCCAUCUAAAGGGCCUGUUUUCCUUUUGUUUUAAAAAAACUUCCAAAUGGGUUUUGAAGUCCUGAUGUGUUACUUGCGUAAUAUAUUAGUUUACCAACUGGACAUUUGUUGUGAAAUUGCAUGUGAUGGAGAAUGUCAUUCAUGUGCUUGAAUUUGAAUGGCCUGUGGCUGUAAUUUUGUGAAGGACAGAUAUGGGUCAUUUACUUUUCCAAAACGUACAGUGCUGAUCUUGAUGAUGCAGAAGUUUUGUCCUGCAAGACUGUUCUGUGAGUCUUUCUUGACAUGCACUGCUGACUUUUUGGUGAAUGUAAGACUGGAUCCCAUCUGAAGAACAGAUUUUCAAACUUCCAAGCCAUGAAAAAGACUUUAUCCAAAAGUUGUAAUAAGAUCCAUUGCCUUCCCCAUUUCAACUGACACAUUUCAUUCUGAUCGUAAAAUCAAGACAAUUUGUGAAAUAACUAAUUUGUUCUAGUUUCUAUUUUUCUUGUGCGUGUGUGCGCCUGCGUGCUUGUUGUGUGUAUUCUGUUACAGUAUUCUCAUGCACUUCCAGAAGUGUGACUAAUAUGGAGAACAGUAUUUCAGAGCAGUACAAUAAGGUUCACCUACGAAGCAUAAAACCAGCCUUGGCUUACAUUUGUCUCCACGUGAUUUCAAGUUAUGUCUUUUCUCUUAUUUAAACAAAACAUCAUCUGUGUUGUGUACACAUUUUCAUUACAUGCUGGGUUUCUAUGUUUUUACCUGUGAUGAGUUGGAGUUCUUGAAUUUGGACUUGCACCUAAUAGGUGGCUGAUUAAAACGAGAAUUCAGCCACGAAGCUUAAAUGCAAUGUGGAGAAACGACUGUAUCUGUGUCACCUUUUGCGUCUUCCUGUAUAAAGUUCACGAGUUUAUUGUAGAUGUUCUGAAGCUAGAGUAUCACCAGCAGAUUGUUUAUACUUUAGAUCUGUUUAAAGGAAAGGUGGUCACUGAAAUGUAGAGGGCAAGCAAGUAUUAUCUUGUGGUCACACACACUGGAAAAUUUAGUGAAUUGUUUUAUAUUUCAGAAUCAGCCUAUAUAUUUAUAUUUACAAAAUAAAUCAUCCACACAGUGUAAUCUUUUUUUGUUUACUGGCUCUGGUCAGACCCAUUCAUCUGCUGUCCUCCUCAGGCAGUCCAUGUUCAAUAUUAUCAAACCAGUUGAAAUCUACAUGCUAAUUAACUGGGAAGUAGAGCUAAUGAAUGUAAAAUAUCGAUCAUAUUUUUGUCUGAGAAACUGAUUUUCAAUGCAUUAUACAUGUGAAUAAUUAAAAUACUGAUUAAUAGAA